AUGAAAAGUAUCCAAUAAGUUAACUCAUCAUCUGUUCCUAUUGGAGUUUAAGUAACCUAUUCCUUCCCUAUAAAUAGCAAAUAGAUACUCAGCUCUAAAAAGUUAAAACCCUACUUGAUUUAGAGCACCAGUAAACACUCGAGAGAUCUUUUAAGGAAUCAAAAUUGAAUAAAGAAUUUGCAUAAAAAUUAACUUAGAAAGUUGACUAGUUAUAAUUAGAGAGGGAUAAGUAUAAGAAAUAAUUUGAAGAAGGAUUAAAAAAAGUGGAAGGAAGUGGAUAUGGAAGAACUUCUUUCCACAGCAACAAAAGUGAUUUAGAAAGGCAAAUAUAAACUGAAAGAGGCAAAUAGACAGAUAAGUCAGCUCUAUAAUAAAUUUUGAAUGAAAAAGGUGAACAAAUGCAAUAAGAAAUUGAAUGCUUGAAAAGUGAAAAUAAUUAGGUGACUUCUGACUUAAGAUAAGCAUGGCAGGAUAUAGAUUAGAAAGAACAAUUAAUCAAAAAACUUGAACUCUAAAAUAGUGUAUUAGUGAAUGAAAUUAGAAAGCUAUAAAGAAAACUUUAACAAGAAAAGUUAAAUAACUCUGAAAUAAAGGCUGUAAAAUAAAAAGAUAUAUCUUCCAGUUAAGAAUAAAUGUAUUAUACUUUUAUUAUACCUAGGCCAAUAGAAAUAUAAUGCUUAAAGAAUUAGAUAAAUGAACUUUAAGAUGAAAUAAAUGAAUAUCAAGAAAUGAUAGACUCAUAACAAUAAUAAAUUGAAAUUCAAAAAACGAAUAAUUCAUAACUUAAAAUUGAAAAAGAUAAUAUUGCUCAUAAAUAUGCAAGUAUUUAAAAAUUUAUUUUCCUUAGUUGCUAAUGAAAAACUAUAAGCUUUAUUUGAGGAGAAAGAUGAAAUGGAAAAAUAAAAAAAAAUAGAUAAUGAAUCUUUAAAUGGAUUACAAAUGUGUGUGUCGAUUCAAAAAGAAAAUAUUAAAUACCUUGAAAGUGAAAUGAAAGGUUUAAAUCAACAGUUAAACCAAAUGAAAUCAUUAAUCAGUAAUCUAGAGAUAACUAUUAAUGAUUUAAAGAACGAAAAUCUAAAUUUAUUAGAAAAACUUGCAGAAAAACCAUUGUAAAUAAAUCUCAAUCUUGAAAAUGAAAUAGCCAACCUGUAAAGUGCUUCAUAAGCAGAUGAUGAUUUGUUAAAUAAAUUUAACACUUUGAAUGUUGAAUAUCAAAACCUUAAUAAAAGCUAUUUAAAUUUAUAAUCAGAAUAUGGCAAUUAAUAAAUAAAUUUUACAAAUUUAGAAGAUUAAUUAAAGUAAUAACAACUUUUAAAUAAUAAGCUGAACUCAGAUAAUGAUAACUUAAAAAAAAUGAUCUAAAACUUAGAAAAUGAAAACAAAAAAUUAAAUCAGUAAAAUUCUGAAUUAUUGUCUUAAAUAAAUAUUUAUUAAGUUAAAGAUGAUGAAAACUGUAAAGUUUUGAGAAAAUUAAAUGAGAAUAUAGAUAUGAAAAAUGUCGAAAAUAUUCGUCUCAAAAAUAAAACAAAAAAACAAAUUGGAAGCUAUUUCUUGGUCUUAUGUAGAAUUUUAAAGUUAGAAAAAGAUAAAUCAAUCUAAGAAUAAAAAAUUAUAAAACAAUAAGGCAUCAUAAAUGAUUUGCUGUUAACUCUUGAAUAAUAGCGAAAAGAUGUGAAUUAAUAUUCAAAUAUAGAAUAAAAAUAAUUAUAAUAGAUAGAUAUAAAGCCUAUAGAAUUGGAGGAAUAAAAAAAUUUGAAAAUAUUAAAUUAAAAGAUUUUGGGAAAGUUCUUUAGAUUAAUGAUAAAAUAGUAAUAAAAAGAUUAACAAAUCAAAAAUUUAACAUAAAGGCUUUCAAAGCUAAAGUCAAUCAAUGAUGCUUUAACCAACUAAAGUGAGGAUAAUCAUUAGAUAAAAAAAGAUGAAGAUUUGUUAGAAAUUUCAAAAUGCCCAUUAGUUAAUGAAGAAUGUAGUGAAAGUCUACUUAAUGCAGAUGAAUUAAAAAAAGUAAAAUUAUUUAACCUAAGACUUUUGACUAAACUUUUCCGUAUCGCAACUCAAUUAAAUUAAAAAAAAUAAAUAAAUUUAGAUUUCGAAAGAAGAUUGAAUAAACAAAAGGCUAUAAAUUCUUAAUUAUAAAUCUAAAUUGAACAAUUUAAAGCAAUAAAUAAAGAAAAUGACUUAGAAGAUUAGUAAAAGAUUGUAGAUAAUAAUAAUGAUUAUGAAUAACUCUAAGGAAAUACUGAAAGUUUGAAAAAUUUUAAUAGGAAACUAUUAGUUAAAUGUUUUAGAAAUGUAUACCUGUAAUAAAAAUUAGCUAAAGAAAAUUUAUUGCUAAAUAAUCGAAUAAAUAAACUUAAAGCUUAGUUAAAUGAGACAAAUUAAGAAAAUAUAGUUACAGAAUAAAGUAAAAAAAAUGAAUAUAAUGAGAUUUAGAAUAUAACACCAAAAGAGGAUGAAUAUAUACAAAAAAUUUCAACAUAAGAAUUAAAAUAUUUAUCUAAAUGGUUCAAAGCUAUGUGUUUGAUAAAAAGUAAAAAUAGUGUGGUUGAUUAACUUAAUCAAAAGUUAGCAAAACAAAAAGCCAUAAAUGAGGAAUUGAGAGAGCAAAUCAAGAUGAAUGAAGAAGAUGUAGAAAAUUUGGAAGUGAAAGAAAAAUCUGAAGAAUAGGAAGAAUAAUCAGUACCAUUAUCACAAGAUGAUGGAGAAGGAUAAAAAAAGCUCAGAAGUCAGAAUAAUAAAUUGCUGGGCAAAUUAUUCAGAGUGAUGAGCUAAUUUAAUAAAAAGAAUAAUGAAAUUGAGGAAUUGAAGGAAAGAUUACAUAAAUAGAAGGCAAUUCUAGAUGAAUUAAGCAAUUAAAAUAAUGCUUCCAUUUCAGAAGAAAAAGGAGAUGACCUUGGAAAAGCAGAAGAAAUUGAAUUAAAUUAGGAGGUUUAAUAAAUUCCAGACGUUGAACAAUUGAAGAAGCAAAAACUCACAUUAUUUGGAAAAUUGUUCAGAGCAAUGAGCUUAAUAAACCAAAAGAAUAAGGAAAUUGAAUCUUUAAGUGAUAGAUUAAAUAAACAAAAAGCCAUCAUAGAAGAAUUAACAUCUUCAAACUCAGAAAACUUGGCAAUUGAGAUGGAACCAUAAUAAAUUGAACUUCAGAGUGCUCCUAACAAUUUAAUUGAAGAUAAUGGUAAUUUAGAACUGAACAAUACAGAAGAAUUCAAUAAAUUGAAAACUUCCAAUGAUAGAUCUUUGAGCAAAUUAUUCAGAGCUAUGUUUUUGAUUUCUAAGAAAAAUAACUAAAUCGAAUAAUUGAAUUCUAGAUUGCUUAAGCAAAAAGCAAUAAUUGAAGAGUUAGCUCAAAACGAUAGUGCUUAAUAAUAAAGAGAGAAGAUUCAUAAGCUUUUGGGCAAACUCUUUAGAGCAAUCAGUGAUUUGAACAUGAAGCAGAAACAAAAUGAGGAGUUGAAAGAACGAUUAUCAAAAAGUAAGGCUCUCGUAGACAGUUUACUCAAUUAAGUUCCUCAAAAGGAAGAAGAGGUUGCUUCUGAAAUUAAACAAUCUGAUCAAGAAGAGAUAACUAUGCCAACGGAUUUAAUUCAGCGUUUAGAGGCUGACCAAUAGCAAUUAAAGAAUAGAAAUAUUAAACUGACUUCAAAGAUGUUUAAGAUAAUGAUUAAAUUAAGUCAAAAGGACAAAUUGAUUGAAUCCUUAUCAGAGCGCCUUCUUAAACAAAAAGCAAUAAAUGAUGAAUUAAGGAAUCAAAUAGUGGACUCUCUGUAACCAUAACCUUAAUGUGAAACGAUGGAGAUCGUAGAUAAUCAACAAUAGGUAAAUGCAGACGAGUUUAAUAAGAUUAAAAAUUCUAACAGCAAAUCUCUCGCUAAAAUAUUCAGAUUAGUGUUCAAAUUAAAUUAAAAAGAGAAGAUUAUUGAUGAGUAAAAUUAAAGAAUUGCAAAAUUGAAAUAGAUUAUUUCAGAAUAUGCUCUAAAUGAUGAUACUUUAAAAAAGGUUAAGGACAAAAAUCACAAAUUGCUGGCUUAAUAAUUUAGAGUUGUGAUUAAGUUAGCAAAACAAUAAUAAGAAAAUGAAGAACUCAAGAAUAGAUUGAGUAAAUCAAAGUAAUUGGUUGUUGAAUAAUAAGAUAUGGUUGAAAAUUUGUAGCAGUAACUUCAAAGCAAUGUAAUUCAGAACCAAGAACAAGAUGUUCCUAAAGAGUAAUAUUAAGAAUAAUUACAAGGAAUUGAUCUUUCGAAUAAGGAUGAAGAAAUUUAAACAUUAAUUAGGUAAAAGAACAAAUAAUUGGGAAAACUUUUCAAAAUAAUGAUUUAGUUAGAAAGAAAGAAUAAAGAAAUCGAAUAGUUAUCAUAAAGGUUAUUGAAAUAGAAAGCAAUAAAUGAUGAAUUAUUAUUGUAAAAUUCAAGUGAUGAAACGGAAGUAAGUUCCUAUUCUUCACAGAAAAAUUAGCAAGAAUAAGUAAAUGUUCAGAAUAACUCAGAAAUGAAAGAUUUGUAAGAAGAAAAUGACAAAUUGAAAUAAGAAUUGAAAAAGCAAACAAAUUAGAAUAAUAGAUGGUUAGCCAAAUUAUUUAGAGCUUUAAAUUGUAUAAAGAGUAGAAAUAGUUUGGUUGAUUAACUUAAUCAAAAGUUAGCAAAACAAAAAGCCAUAAAUGAGGAAUUGAGAGAGCAAAUCAAGAUGAAUGAAGAAGAUGUAGAAAAUUUGGAAGUGAAAGAAAAAUCUGAAGAAUAGGAAGAAUAAUCAGUACCAUUAUCACAAGAUGAUGGAGAAGGAUAAAAAAAGCUCAGAAGUCAGAAUAAUAAAUUGCUGGGCAAAUUAUUCAGAGUGAUGAGCUAAUUUAAUAAAAAGAAUAAUGAAAUUGAGGAAUUGAAGGAAAGAUUACAUAAAUAGAAGGCAAUUCUAGAUGAAUUAAGCAAUUAAAAUAAUGCUUCCAUUUCAGAAGAAAAAGGAGAUGACCUUGGAAAAGCAGAAGAAAUUGAAUUAAAUUAGGAGGUUUAAUAAAUUCCAGACGUUGAACAAUUGAAGAAGCAAAAACUCACAUUAUUUGGAAAAUUGUUCAGAGCAAUGAGCUUAAUAAACCAAAAGAAUAAGGAAAUUGAAUCUUUAAGUGAUAGAUUAAAUAAACAAAAAGCCAUCAUAGAAGAAUUAACAUCUUCAAACUCAGAAAACUUGGCAAUUGAGAUGGAACCAUAAUAAAUUGAACUUCAGAGUGCUCCUAACAAUUUAAUUGAAGAUAAUGGUAAUUUAGAACUGAACAAUACAGAAGAAUUCAAUAAAUUGAAAACUUCCAAUGAUAGAUCUUUGAGCAAAUUAUUCAGAGCUAUGUUUUUGAUUUCUAAGAAAAAUAACUAAAUCGAAUAAUUGAAUUCUAGAUUGCUUAAGCAAAAAGCAAUAAUUGAAGAGUUAGCUCAAAACGAUAGUGCUUAAUAAUAAAGAGAGAAGAUUCAUAAGCUUUUGGGCAAACUCUUUAGAGCAAUCAGUGAUUUGAACAUGAAGCAGAAACAAAAUGAGGAGUUGAAAGAACGAUUAUCAAAAAGUAAGGCUCUCGUAGACAGUUUACUCAAUUAAGUUCCUCAAAAGGAAGAAGAGGUUGCUUCUGAAAUUAAACAAUCUGAUCAAGAAGAGAUAACUAUGCCAACGGAUUUAAUUCAGCGUUUAGAGGCUGACCAAUAGCAAUUAAAGAAUAGAAAUAUUAAACUGACUUCAAAGAUGUUUAAGAUAAUGAUUAAAUUAAGUCAAAAGGACAAAUUGAUUGAAUCCUUAUCAGAGCGCCUUCUUAAACAAAAAGCAAUAAAUGAUGAAUUAAGGAAUCAAAUAGUGGACUCUCUGUAACCAUAACCUUAAUGUGAAACGAUGGAGAUCGUAGAUAAUCAACAAUAGGUAAAUGCAGACGAGUUUAAUAAGAUUAAAAAUUCUAACAGCAAAUCUCUCGCUAAAAUAUUCAGAUUAGUGUUCAAAUUAAAUUAAAAAGAGAAGAUUAUUGAUGAGUAAAAUUAAAGAAUUGCAAAAUUGAAAUAGAUUAUUUCAGAAUAUGCUCUAAAUGAUGAUACUUUAAAAAAGGUUAAGGACAAAAAUCACAAAUUGCUGGCUUAAUAAUUUAGAGUUGUGAUUAAGUUAGCAAAACAAUAAUAAGAAAAUGAAGAACUCAAGAAUAGAUUGAGUAAAUCAAAGUAAUUGGUUGUUGAAUAAUAAGAUAUGGUUGAAAAUUUGUAGCAGUAACUUCAAAGCAAUGUAAUUCAGAACCAAGAACAAGAUGUUCCUAAAGAGUAAUAUUAAGAAUAAUUACAAGGAAUUGAUCUUUCGAAUAAGGAUGAAGAAAUUUAAACAUUAAUUAGGUAAAAGAACAAAUAAUUGGGAAAACUUUUCAAAAUAAUGAUUUAGUUAGAAAGAAAGAAUAAAGAAAUCGAAUAGUUAUCAUAAAGGUUAUUGAAAUAGAAAGCAAUAAAUGAUGAAUUAUUAUUGUAAAAUUCAAGUGAUGAAACGGAAGUAAGUUCCUAUUCUUCACAGAAAAAUUAGCAAGAAUAAGUAAAUGUUCAGAAUAACUCAGAAAUGAAAGAUUUGUAAGAAGAAAAUGACAAAUUGAAAUAAGAAUUGAAAAAGCAAACAAAUUAGAAUAAUAGAUGGUUAGCCAAAUUAUUUAGAGCUUUAAAUUGUAUAAAGAGUAGAAAUAGUUUGGUUGAUUAACUUAAUCAAAAGUUAGCAAAACAAAAAGCCAUAAAUGAGGAAUUGAGAGAGCAAAUCAAGAUGAAUGAAGAAGAUGUAGAAAAUUUGGAAGUGAAAGAAAAAUCUGAAGAAUAGGAAGAAUAAUCAGUACCAUUAUCACAAGAUGAUGGAGAAGGAUAAAAAAAGCUCAGAAGUCAGAAUAAUAAAUUGCUGGGCAAAUUAUUCAGAGUGAUGAGCUAAUUUAAUAAAAAGAAUAAUGAAAUUGAGGAAUUGAAGGAAAGAUUACAUAAAUAGAAGGCAAUUCUAGAUGAAUUAAGCAAUUAAAAUAAUGCUUCCAUUUCAGAAGAAAAAGGAGAUGACCUUGGAAAAGCAGAAGAAAUUGAAUUAAAUUAGGAGGUUUAAUAAAUUCCAGACGUUGAACAAUUGAAGAAGCAAAAACUCACAUUAUUUGGAAAAUUGUUCAGAGCAAUGAGCUUAAUAAACCAAAAGAAUAAGGAAAUUGAAUCUUUAAGUGAUAGAUUAAAUAAACAAAAAGCCAUCAUAGAAGAAUUAACAUCUUCAAACUCAGAAAACUUGGCAAUUGAGAUGGAACCAUAAUAAAUUGAACUUCAGAGUGCUCCUAACAAUUUAAUUGAAGAUAAUGGUAAUUUAGAACUGAACAAUACAGAAGAAUUCAAUAAAUUGAAAACUUCCAAUGAUAGAUCUUUGAGCAAAUUAUUCAGAGCUAUGUUUUUGAUUUCUAAGAAAAAUAACUAAAUCGAAUAAUUGAAUUCUAGAUUGCUUAAGCAAAAAGCAAUAAUUGAAGAGUUAGCUCAAAACGAUAGUGCUUAAUAAUAAAGAGAGAAGAUUCAUAAGCUUUUGGGCAAACUCUUUAGAGCAAUCAGUGAUUUGAACAUGAAGCAGAAACAAAAUGAGGAGUUGAAAGAACGAUUAUCAAAAAGUAAGGCUCUCGUAGACAGUUUACUCAAUUAAGUUCCUCAAAAGGAAGAAGAGGUUGCUUCUGAAAUUAAACAAUCUGAUCAAGAAGAGAUAACUAUGCCAACGGAUUUAAUUCAGCGUUUAGAGGCUGACCAAUAGCAAUUAAAGAAUAGAAAUAUUAAACUGACUUCAAAGAUGUUUAAGAUAAUGAUUAAAUUAAGUCAAAAGGACAAAUUGAUUGAAUCCUUAUCAGAGCGCCUUCUUAAACAAAAAGCAAUAAAUGAUGAAUUAAGGAAUCAAAUAGUGGACUCUCUGUAACCAUAACCUUAAUGUGAAACGAUGGAGAUCGUAGAUAAUCAACAAUAGGUAAAUGCAGACGAGUUUAAUAAGAUUAAAAAUUCUAACAGCAAAUCUCUCGCUAAAAUAUUCAGAUUAGUGUUCAAAUUAAAUUAAAAAGAGAAGAUUAUUGAUGAGUAAAAUUAAAGAAUUGCAAAAUUGAAAUAGAUUAUUUCAGAAUAUGCUCUAAAUGAUGAUACUUUAAAAAAGGUUAAGGACAAAAAUCACAAAUUGCUGGCUUAAUAAUUUAGAGUUGUGAUUAAGUUAGCAAAACAAUAAUAAGAAAAUGAAGAACUCAAGAAUAGAUUGAGUAAAUCAAAGUAAUUGGUUGUUGAAUAAUAAGAUAUGGUUGAAAAUUUGUAGCAGUAACUUCAAAGCAAUGUAAUUCAGAACCAAGAACAAGAUGUUCCUAAAGAGUAAUAUUAAGAAUAAUUACAAGGAAUUGAUCUUUCGAAUAAGGAUGAAGAAAUUUAAACAUUAAUUAGGUAAAAGAACAAAUAAUUGGGAAAACUUUUCAAAAUAAUGAUUUAGUUAGAAAGAAAGAAUAAAGAAAUCGAAUAGUUAUCAUAAAGGUUAUUGAAAUAGAAAGCAAUAAAUGAUGAAUUAUUAUUGUAAAAUUCAAGUGAUGAAACGGAAGUAAGUUCCUAUUCUUCACAGAAAAAUUAGCAAGAAUAAGUAAAUGUUCAGAAUAACUCAGAAAUGAAAGAUUUGUAAGAAGAAAAUGACAAAUUGAAAUAAGAAUUGAAAAAGCAAACAAAUUAGAAUAAUAGAUGGUUAGCCAAAUUAUUUAGAGCUUUAAAUUGUAUAAAGAGUAGAAAUAGUUUGGUUGAUUAACUUAAUCAAAAGUUAGCAAAACAAAAAGCCAUAAAUGAGGAAUUGAGAGAGCAAAUCAAGAUGAAUGAAGAAGAUGUAGAAAAUUUGGAAGUGAAAGAAAAAUCUGAAGAAUAGGAAGAAUAAUCAGUACCAUUAUCACAAGAUGAUGGAGAAGGAUAAAAAAAGCUCAGAAGUCAGAAUAAUAAAUUGCUGGGCAAAUUAUUCAGAGUGAUGAGCUAAUUUAAUAAAAAGAAUAAUGAAAUUGAGGAAUUGAAGGAAAGAUUACAUAAAUAGAAGGCAAUUCUAGAUGAAUUAAGCAAUUAAAAUAAUGCUUCCAUUUCAGAAGAAAAAGGAGAUGACCUUGGAAAAGCAGAAGAAAUUGAAUUAAAUUAGGAGGUUUAAUAAAUUCCAGACGUUGAACAAUUGAAGAAGCAAAAACUCACAUUAUUUGGAAAAUUGUUCAGAGCAAUGAGCUUAAUAAACCAAAAGAAUAAGGAAAUUGAAUCUUUAAGUGAUAGAUUAAAUAAACAAAAAGCCAUCAUAGAAGAAUUAACAUCUUCAAACUCAGAAAACUUGGCAAUUGAGAUGGAACCAUAAUAAAUUGAACUUCAGAGUGCUCCUAACAAUUUAAUUGAAGAUAAUGGUAAUUUAGAACUGAACAAUACAGAAGAAUUCAAUAAAUUGAAAACUUCCAAUGAUAGAUCUUUGAGCAAAUUAUUCAGAGCUAUGUUUUUGAUUUCUAAGAAAAAUAACUAAAUCGAAUAAUUGAAUUCUAGAUUGCUUAAGCAAAAAGCAAUAAUUGAAGAGUUAGCUCAAAACGAUAGUGCUUAAUAAUAAAGAGAGAAGAUUCAUAAGCUUUUGGGCAAACUCUUUAGAGCAAUCAGUGAUUUGAACAUGAAGCAGAAACAAAAUGAGGAGUUGAAAGAACGAUUAUCAAAAAGUAAGGCUCUCGUAGACAGUUUACUCAAUUAAGUUCCUCAAAAGGAAGAAGAGGUUGCUUCUGAAAUUAAACAAUCUGAUCAAGAAGAGAUAACUAUGCCAACGGAUUUAAUUCAGCGUUUAGAGGCUGACCAAUAGCAAUUAAAGAAUAGAAAUAUUAAACUGACUUCAAAGAUGUUUAAGAUAAUGAUUAAAUUAAGUCAAAAGGACAAAUUGAUUGAAUCCUUAUCAGAGCGCCUUCUUAAACAAAAAGCAAUAAAUGAUGAAUUAAGGAAUCAAAUAGUGGACUCUCUGUAACCAUAACCUUAAUGUGAAACGAUGGAGAUCGUAGAUAAUCAACAAUAGGUAAAUGCAGACGAGUUUAAUAAGAUUAAAAAUUCUAACAGCAAAUCUCUCGCUAAAAUAUUCAGAUUAGUGUUCAAAUUAAAUUAAAAAGAGAAGAUUAUUGAUGAGUAAAAUUAAAGAAUUGCAAAAUUGAAAUAGAUUAUUUCAGAAUAUGCUCUAAAUGAUGAUACUUUAAAAAAGGUUAAGGACAAAAAUCACAAAUUGCUGGCUUAAUAAUUUAGAGUUGUGAUUAAGUUAGCAAAACAAUAAUAAGAAAAUGAAGAACUCAAGAAUAGAUUGAGUAAAUCAAAGUAAUUGGUUGUUGAAUAAUAAGAUAUGGUUGAAAAUUUGUAGCAGUAACUUCAAAGCAAUGUAAUUCAGAACCAAGAACAAGAUGUUCCUAAAGAGUAAUAUUAAGAAUAAUUACAAGGAAUUGAUCUUUCGAAUAAGGAUGAAGAAAUUUAAACAUUAAUUAGGUAAAAGAACAAAUAAUUGGGAAAACUUUUCAAAAUAAUGAUUUAGUUAGAAAGAAAGAAUAAAGAAAUCGAAUAGUUAUCAUAAAGGUUAUUGAAAUAGAAAGCAAUAAAUGAUGAAUUAUUAUUGUAAAAUUCAAGUGAUGAAACGGAAGUAAGUUCCUAUUCUUCACAGAAAAAUUAGCAAGAAUAAGUAAAUGUUCAGAAUAACUCAGAAAUGAAAGAUUUGUAAGAAGAAAAUGACAAAUUGAAAUAAGAAUUGAAAAAGCAAACAAAUUAGAAUAAUAGAUGGUUAGCCAAAUUAUUUAGAGCUUUAAAUUGUAUAAAGAGUAGAAAUAGUUUGGUUGAUUAACUUAAUCAAAAGUUAGCAAAACAAAAAGCCAUAAAUGAGGAAUUGAGAGAGCAAAUCAAGAUGAAUGAAGAAGAUGUAGAAAAUUUGGAAGUGAAAGAAAAAUCUGAAGAAUAGGAAGAAUAAUCAGUACCAUUAUCACAAGAUGAUGGAGAAGGAUAAAAAAAGCUCAGAAGUCAGAAUAAUAAAUUGCUGGGCAAAUUAUUCAGAGUGAUGAGCUAAUUUAAUAAAAAGAAUAAUGAAAUUGAGGAAUUGAAGGAAAGAUUACAUAAAUAGAAGGCAAUUCUAGAUGAAUUAAGCAAUUAAAAUAAUGCUUCCAUUUCAGAAGAAAAAGGAGAUGACCUUGGAAAAGCAGAAGAAAUUGAAUUAAAUUAGGAGGUUUAAUAAAUUCCAGACGUUGAACAAUUGAAGAAGCAAAAACUCACAUUAUUUGGAAAAUUGUUCAGAGCAAUGAGCUUAAUAAACCAAAAGAAUAAGGAAAUUGAAUCUUUAAGUGAUAGAUUAAAUAAACAAAAAGCCAUCAUAGAAGAAUUAACAUCUUCAAACUCAGAAAACUUGGCAAUUGAGAUGGAACCAUAAUAAAUUGAACUUCAGAGUGCUCCUAACAAUUUAAUUGAAGAUAAUGGUAAUUUAGAACUGAACAAUACAGAAGAAUUCAAUAAAUUGAAAACUUCCAAUGAUAGAUCUUUGAGCAAAUUAUUCAGAGCUAUGUUUUUGAUUUCUAAGAAAAAUAACUAAAUCGAAUAAUUGAAUUCUAGAUUGCUUAAGCAAAAAGCAAUAAUUGAAGAGUUAGCUCAAAACGAUAGUGCUUAAUAAUAAAGAGAGAAGAUUCAUAAGCUUUUGGGCAAACUCUUUAGAGCNAAAUACUACAUAAUUAAUGUUCAUCAUAAAUUUAGUCUCUUUAAAAGGAGAACGAUAAUAUAUCAUAAGAGAAUAUCAUUUUGAAAUUAUAAUAUGAUGCAUUAUUAACAAAAUGUGAUACACUAGAAUAAAAGUUUAAUGACAAAAUUGCUUAAUUUUAUUCACUUAUUGAAUAAUUAUUAAAGUAGAACCAAGAUGACAUCGAAGAAAAUAAUUAAUUGAACUAAUUGACUAAAGCAUCAAGUCAAGUUAUCAAAUUUUUACAUAAAUAAUAACAAGAUCAAAAUUUUGAAAAUACGAGCUCAUCUUCCAGUUUCAUUAGUGUUUAAGAUGAAAGUUAAAAAUAAAUAAUGUAUCUCUAACAUUAAGUUAUGUAUUUGCAACAUAGUGUUUAGGAGUAUGCUGAUGGAAUAAGUUAGUUAAAUCGAAGAAUCCUAGAAUUAUACUAUAAAAAUAAUAAAUUGGAAGCAUUAUUACAAGAGUCUGAUAUUAAAAGUAAUUAUUUUAAUUAAAUUUUAGAAUGCUUUAAUUUAUGA